AUGUCGAUAUUUUUUAAGGCGCCAUUAGAUAUUGAAAUUAGGUUAGAUAAUGAGGAUACUCGGAAGCACGUUGAAGUGAAAACUCCGCAAGGAAGAGUUGAAAAGCUCCCUAUUUACAAGGAUGGUGAAUCAGUGAAAGGUGUGGUUACGUUACGUACUAAGGAAGGAAGGAAAUUGGAACAUCUUGGUGUUAGAGUGCAAUUGUUAGGGUCCAUCGAAACUAAUACUGAUGGAAUACUGUCGUCGGAAUUUUUAACAUUAGCCACGGAACUAGCCGCUCCAGCACAAUUGUCGCAUCCUGAAUCAUAUCCUUUUGAAUUUAAGAAUGUCGAGAAACAGUAUGAAAGUUAUCGUGGCAAGAAUGUCAGACUAAGAUACUACAUUAAAGUAACAGUGUUGAGAAAGUCGUCUUCGGAGAUAAUUAGGGAAAAGGAAUUGUGGGUCUAUCAUUACACCACAGCAGUUCCCAAACCGGUAACCGGAUUGAGCAGUAGCUCUACAGCCGAUUCAAAAUUGGGUGCUAAGAAAGCCAAUGAAGAUACUUUACAAAAGCCUGCUACGCCAUCCAGUAAUGAUGAUGCCAGUGCUAAUACUAGUAAGGGAAGUACUAUAUCAAAAAGGAAUGAAUCCCACAGUGUGAAAAUGGACGUAGGGAUUGAGAAUUGUUUGCACAUUGAGUUUGAGUAUUCACGGUCCAGGUUUUCCCUUACAGAUGCCAUAAUAGGUAAAAUAUAUUUCUUAUUGGUGAGAUUGAAAAUCAAGCAUAUGGAAUUGUCGUUGAUCAGAAGAGAGACUGUGGGAGCACCACCUAAUCAAGUGACAGACAGCGAAACAGUAGUCAGAUUUGAAAUCAUGGACGGUGCGCCGGUCAAAGGCGAGACAAUACCGAUUCGUUUAUUUUUAAGUGGGUUUGAUUUGGUGCCAACUUAUAGAGACGUCAAUAAGAAAUUCUCAACAAGAACUUAUCUUUCACUUGUGUUAAUUGAUGAAGAUGCCAGAAGAUAUUUCAAACAAAGUGAAAUCAUUCUUUAUCGAGAUCAGUAG